CUGGAAGCAGUCAAGUUGAGUCAUGUUGGCAACUUGGCGUGGAGCAUUUGCUGCCCGCGGUAUCGUGUCAAUUAGGGAGUAGAAGUAAGCAGAUUAUGAUAGGGUCGUUGGUUGGGUUGAGACAGGCCCGACGUUGUACAAAGCCCGUCUGCAUGCACGGUAACACCAGACAAAGAAAAGAAGUGAACCCCUUUGGUGCCAUGAGCUCCCCCUCCCUUUUCCUCAUCUUCCUGCUUACCUUCCUGUCUUAAUGCUCCUUUCCUUUACCACUCUUCUCCCCCUAAUAUUGAUCUAUCUACUUGUUGUCUUCAUAUGAGCUGUUUGUUCACUUUUUACAUCUCCUCCCCGUUUCAAAAGUCACAACCUCACUUCACCAGCCGUAAGCAGAUUAGAUCUGCCCCGACUUUAUCCUCCUUCCCAGGAUUUUUCGAAACUACCCCCGUCUCUAAAAAUGGGUGCCCAGUUCUCGCAGUUCUUCCCCCCGCGCCCAACUUUCACCGGGAAGGACCUCCCACCUCAAGACGACAGGGUCUUUCUCAUCACAGGAGGUACCUCUGGAAUCGGCUUUGAGCUUGCAAAGAUACUUUAUCGUCAUGGCGGCAGGGUCUACAUCACGGGGCGGACGGAGCAAAAAGCAAAGAGAGCAGUCAAAGCAAUUCAAGAUGCCGUACCCGACCACAAAGGCUACUUAGACUUUAUUGUUCUCGAGCUCGAUGAUCUCCGAAGUAUCAAAGAAUCUGCAGAUGCGUUCAGAGCAAAAGAGUCAAAGCUUGAUGUUCUCUGGAACAAUGCUGGUGUCUCCCAGCCGCCCCUGGGAAGCGUGUCAAAACAGGGCUAUGAGCUUCAACUAGCAGUCAACUGCUUUGGUCCCUUUCUAUUCACGCAGAUGCUGCUUUCUUUACUUGAAGCUGCUGCCUCGACGUCCUCAUCUCCUGGAUCAGUCAGGGUAAUCUGGACAAGCAGUCAGGUUGCAGAGCUUUCUUCGCCUGAGGAGGGCAUCAUCAUGUCUGAGCUUACUACCCCGCCAAAAGACAAUAUUCGAAACUACCUGAACUCAAAAACAGGUAACUGGUUCCUGUCCGCCGAGUUCGCACGUCGAUACGGAAACCGCGGGAUUACCAGUGUUGCGUUGAACCCCGGUGCCGCAAACACGGAUUUGUUAAAGAACGCGAAGCUGAUGAAAAUAUUAUCUUAUCCCUUACUACACAAGCCCGAGCGUGCCGCUCAUACAGAGCUAUAUGCCGGCCUCAGCCCUGACAUAUCUCUGCAGAAUAACGGCUGCUAUGUUAUACCCUUCGGUCGGAUCCAUCAUAACGUGGCGGAAAGAUUAUUGACUGCGAUGAAAGUCGAAGAGAACGGUGGUACUGGAAAAGCGAAGGAGUUUUGGGAGUUUUGUGAAAACAAGGUCAGCGAUUACUACUAAUGGACGGUGUCUUUGUUGUGCAUAUUGAUUGCAUUCCUGUUCGCAGCACAGCAUUUCCUGGGAGUUCUCUGAAAAUAUUUGGUGCCUCGUAAUAUGAUAUCUCUGUUUUCGUCCAAAUUGAAACAAUACCAUUCUGUCAUACCAACUGUCUGAGGUACGUAGAAUAGUACAUGUUUUAGUUCAACCUAGAAGUAAGGUACAGCCAGAGAUCGGGCCCGCAUCCCGCCUGGAAGAGAAAGAGCAACGGAUGGUAGCGCUUAUCGCUCCUGCC